AGGAUCUAUCGAGGGGCCGCCGCCGGGCUCCCCGGCCCGUGGCACAUAGCGCGGGGCCUCCGCGGGUAGGGGUUGGUGCUGAUCCCUCCCGGCGCCCACCGCCCGGCGGGCAGCGGCGCGGGAUGACGUACCUCAGCUUCAACGACAGUGUUAAUGCCAAUAUGGAUUUCACGACAGAGGACGCGGGCGAGAGCGAGGAGGCGCUCCAGAAGGACCGAGCUUCCGCUGCGGUACACUUGGUCUGUCUGGGAGCAGAUCAUGCAGUCCAGCGAUGGCAAGAGUGGCCAGUACUCCGACGCGACCCAUAAGGUGACCGUACAUGGAUGGUCCAGAGGUGACCCUUCAGUCACUCCGGCAAGGUGCCCUGGCCGUGCGCUGCUGGCAUUUAUCCCGGCCACACCCCUACAGAGAAGAUGACAACCGGCUUUAGGAGGCAUGCCUCCCGGCUGCCCGCGCAGAGAACUGGGUCCGGAGUUCCUGUCGGACGCGGUUCGCGGCAGCCGAGCCACGAGCAAAGGUCUCGCCGCCGAGCAAUGCCCCUUUCCGGUGCGCUGGCGCACCUGCAGGCGCGCAGCAGGGUGGUGCGAGCUGCGCGACCGGCGGCGCCUAGAGGGACGGCGAGGUCCCGCUUAGGGUAUGCGGAUGGCCGCUCUCCGCUCGAAGGUGCGUCUCCGCUCUCCGCUCUCCGCUCUGCAGGGGCGCAGCCA